AUGACGAGUCUCAGUGCCAACGCGAAAAAUGAUAAAAAUUUUGUAAUACGUAUCCCACCUUUGGAAUUUCGUGAACUUCGAUAUUUCGGAAAAAUAGAAGAGCAGAAGGAGGAAGAUGUCAUUCAUUAUAUUAUUGAAAUUGUUUGGAAUAAUAUAUCAAAAGUAAUUCCACCUGGUCAUUUAGACGUAGCCUUUGACACUCCACAGCCAGUAACAGAAGGUGAAAAAAACAAGGACAUCAUUAAAGUUUGGGAAACAGUUGAAAGCUUUUAUUCGGGCAUAGAAUGUGUUUUCUCCAGUUCAGAUACAUAUUUAGAAAGAAUUUAUUCAGAAUUAUCAACGUCAGAGACGCCGUUUGAUUCCUUAAUAAUGCGUAUUCCUCUGUCUACUUUAUUGGCUUGUCCCUCAGUCUAUGUCAGGCCGGCAUUACCAUUACCAGCUAAAACAGCAAUGCUUAAAAUCAGUCACAUUCUAACGGGUAAAAUGUGCAAAGCUCCUUCGCGAUAUGAGAUGCCGACUGCAGCGGAGUUGCGAAGCUUUAAACUGGAACUAUGUCUACCUCACCUUCCAAAUUCUACUAAACAAAUA